ACUGAGGCGAGAAGUAAACAGCAGUUUUUCAACGCUCCGGAGACAGAGGGCAGUUGUGACAGUCUUCUACUGAUUGUUUAGUUUAAUAUCUGCGUUAAAUAUUGUGUCUGGCAACAUUUAAUCAUUUUAAAUAUUUCUGAAUCACUUGAAAAGAUGAUUCUGCAGCAAAGUCCAAGUGACGCCAUGUACAGGUCAAACAGAAUGGUUGAUGGAAGUCAGACAAGACAAGCUUUCCACAGGAUGGACUGUAUGAAGCACCUAUAAGGCAGUCUGAAUUGCUUACACAUUUGAACACUUCACCCCAUCAUGUCUGAUGACGAGAGAUCAGAGGUCAACCUUGAGGAUGAGGGAGGGAUGUCACCCCUGCUUGCACGCCACCGGCCACAUGACUCUUACUGCCUUGUCUAUGGCAUAUUUUUUAUCCUGGGCAUUGGCUCACUGCUGCCAUGGAACUUCUUCAUCACAGCCAAGCAUUACUGGCUCUACAAGCUAAAUAACAGGUCCAGCCUGGCCAGCCACCAAGAGCUCCACACUGAUCUCAGCGAUUUCUUUGAGAGCUACCUUACCAUUGCUUCCACUGUUCCUUCUGUGUUGUGUCUAGUCUUCAACUACUUCCUAGUAAACAGGGUGUCCUCUGAUGUUCGAGUUCUUUUGUCUUUGGCCAUGAUCCUGCUUGUGUUCAUCGUCACUACGGUGCUGGUGAAGGUGGAUGUGUCUGACUGUAGAGAGAAGUUUCUAGCUGGUACUCUGGCCAGUGUUGCACUGGUCAGUGGAGCCUCCAAUUUUUUCAGUGGAAGCAUGUUUGGCAUUAGUGCACAUUUCCCCAUGAGGAUUUCACAAGCUCUCAUAUCAGGUCAAGCAAUGGGUGGCACGCUGAGUGCAGUAGCCUCCAUAGUGGAUCUGGCUGCAGCAAGUGAUGUAACCAGCAGUGCAUUGGCUUACUUCCUAACUGCUGACAUCUUCAUCCUGUUCUGCAUCAUCGUGUACCUACUGCUGCCCAAACUGGCCUACUCCAGAUACUACCUGGAUGCUUCCUGUACAGGUACUGCCACCACAUCUGAUAGCUCUCUAUCCACUCCAGAAUCCACAAGCAGCCCAGCUGUCAACUCUGUGCCCCUACUCAAACCAAUCAUGAGAAAAAUGUGGAAACUGAGCUUAUAUGUCUUCUGGGUCUUCUUUGUUUCUAUCACCAUCUUUCCAGCGAUCUCCUCAGGGAUCCAGUCAGUGGAUAAAGACUCCGGUAGCCCCUGGAGCAACACCUACUUUGUUCCAUUCACCAGCUUCCUUUUGUACAACGUGGCAGACUUCUGUGGUAGACAAAUGACUGUUUGGCUGCAGGUUCCUGGCCCGACCAGCCCUGUCUUGCCGAUCCUUGUGGUUUGCAGGAGUGUGUUAGUGCCGCUCUUUAUGUUCUGCAACUACCAGCCUCGGUAUCAUUUGCACCAAGUAUUUUUCGCCCAUGACAUCUUCCCUGUGUUGUUUGUUUGCCUGCUGGGGCUCUCCAAUGGAUAUUUGGGUACGCUGACCAUGAUGUAUGGGCCCAAAGUUGUGCCACGGAACAUGGCAGAACCAGCUGGUGUGAUCAUGUCAUUCUUCCUGGCAGCGGGGCUUGCAGUAGGUUCUGCCGUUUCAGUUUUGCUUGUUUAUAUUUUAUGACUGUAGCAAGCUUUAAGUAGUUCUUUAAAAUGAUCUUAUUUUAAGUGUUUACAUGUAGCUUCACUGAAUUCUCAAUGAUUGCUAUUUGAUACCUUUAAUUGAGGGAAAUUUUGACUAAUAUUUAUAUCUUCAGUCUUAAACUUUAUAAAUGGUAUAAUUAGGCUCAGUAAUGAAAUACACUUUUUAUGGAUUUUUUUAAAUAUUUUAGAUAGCAAGUUUACUGAUAUUUUUUAUUUUAAGAGCAGGUUUAUACUCCAUGUAUUGCUGUUUGUGCAGGUUUAAAUAUUCAUUCUUUAUUUGAAGUGGCAAGUGACGUACUUCUACCUUGCAGCAGUAAAUUCUAGUAUAUUGUAAAAUGUUUGCACAUUUGUUUUCCAAAUAAUUUGUGCAUUGCUAAAUACAUAUGUAAUUGGGUUCAAGAUAUAGCCAAACCUGCAUGUUCCUGCUCUACCUCAAAGAGGUAGAAAAUUUGGGAAUUUUCAUGAGUCGCACACGAGUCUAUGGUUUUAAGAUGAUUACUUGCAGAUUGGACAUGCUGUUAUCUAAAUUAUGAUAAAUAGAAUGUAUCAAUAUUUUAAAAAUUCUCCUUGAUCUUGCAAUCAUCAUUACAGCAGCUUCAAUCUGAGAAAAGUCUGGUUUUGGAGGAACAUUCCAGACAAACAAGAACAUUUCAUCUUGCCUUAUUACAUUUAUAAUUAUACUUUUUAAUCGCUACUCAGGUAUGGCAAGAUUAACUGCUGUUAAAAAGAUUCAGACUCAAUUCAACAAGCAGAGUAUCUUCAAAA